CGCGUGGCUAUAAUUGGAGCAGGUUCACUAGGAGCAUCUGUUGCAUACGCCUUAUUGAUGCUCAACAGCGCCAAAGAAAUAAUCUUAGUAGAUCUAAGUACUGGCAUUUUAGAAGGACAAGUUCUCGAUUUAUUUGAUGCAGCUUAUUCCACAAAAACCCUUGUUCGCUCAGGAACAUUUCAAGAAGCAGGCCAGUCAAGUAUUAUUAUCAUUACUGCAGAUCGACCUCAAGGGAUUAACGAGACACGGAAAACGUGGCUUCAAAAAAGUCGAAAAUUGAUCCAGAGUAUAGCAGUAUCCAUGGAACCCAUUCACCCAAAGUCUUUGGUGGUUGUGGCUGCUGAUCCAGUUGACGUAUUUGUACGCUAUUUGUAUGAAAAGAAUCACGUUGGUCGUAGCCGAGUAUUCGGAACCAAUGGAACGGCUGCAGCUACGAUGAGACUGCAGCGCUGGAUAGCCGACAUAACCUCCACCAGAUCCAAAAAUGUUGUGGUAUAUGUGGUAGGGAGUGAAGAACAUCCUGUUGUAUUGUGGCACUCGGCGAAAAUAAGCGGCCAGCCUGUCAGAUCUCUACCUAUAUUAAUCGACAAUCGGCACAUGAUACCAUCUAUCGUUUCUUGUGAGAAACGACUAAAGAUAAAGUCCCUUAAAGGAGACGCAUGUUUUGGCAAAGGAGCGCAUCUGGCACGUUUGGUUCAUGAUAUCUUGAUUCAUAAUACAUGCACACAUAUUGUGACAGUAUACAUUCAAAAGGUCCAGACCUGUCUAUCCAUUCCUGUAUCUCUUGGCAGGACCGGAAUUCAAUACAUCCUCGAGCCUGAAUUAUCUCCAGAUGAAGCAGGCUCUAUCCAAGUUGCAGUCGAA